AUCUCAUACGAAUAUUUUUAUGUAAUAUGUAGACUACUGAAGUUCAGCAUUAGUAGUAGUAGUUAAUAUUCUGAAAUUAUAUUUCGAAAUUAGGUCAUAUCUAAAUAGACAGAUUAAAUGUUUACAUAAAACAAUGAUGAUAUUUUAUUGUUUGUAAACAAAAUCAGCUGAUUCGUGAGUUACUUUUAUAUCACUUCUUCAAUCGAAUUAUAGAGAAAUUACAAUAUACAUAAUUAUAUUUUGUAUAUGUACAUGAUUUUGGCAAUAACAAAGCAAUGAAUAUCAUAAUUUUAAAAACUAAUAUAUUAAAGUACUUGUGGAAAGAAAUAUCUUCCUGUUCACCAUGCUCCAGUUUACAUAUACAACAAUAAUACACCAUUGUUAUUAAAAUUGUAUACUUGUGUGUAAAAUACAAUUGCAACUAAACCAUUUAGUAAACAUUUCUCGGCUUGCUUUUCCGACCUUUCUGACAUCACUCACCUAGAGGUCGCAUGAGUCGCAUUAUGUACUUUGUUUUGACAAUACGAUAUUCAAUGUAAACAAAUAUUUGUAUUAAAAUUAUUAACUGGAGGUUCAAUGUAUUAUGGAUGUGUAAAAAUGGAUUGUUUGUAGCAAAUGGAUAUUUAUGUAUAACAACAAAACCCUGAUCGGAAAGAGAUUAUAAAUGGUUUCAAAAUGAUGGAUAUUAUAACCUGAGGUCUAACGUUUAAUAUUUGUUAACCAAUAAGCCAUAAAGAAUCAUGAAGAAUGAUAUGUUCACUAAUGUUCACCAAUGACUUAUGAAAAAAACGAGUUUGUUAAACGAAUGGAAAAAGAAGCUUCUGUACAAAAUACUCUUGAGGAUCAAGCUGAUCCAUCUCUCUCUUCCAUUUCUUUAAAUAAGAGCACAAAAGCUCGUAACUUAUCAUUUUCGUUUAAUUUUGAUUUUGAUGAUGUUAAUAGUGAUGGCUCCUCCGAUUCUGAAACUGCAGACUUGCAAAUUGAUGUCUCAGAGAUUGAUGAUUGCGAACCUCCCAUUAAACAUAAAAGGGAUGCUGUCGAAGAAACUUCUUCUGUCAUUAAUGAAAUGGAAGAAGAAAUUGAAAGACAGCUUGAUGCCAAAGCAGCUAAAAUUAACUUAACAGCUACAAAUGUAAAAAAUAUUUUAAAGCAUGUUAUUACUAAUGAACAUGUAAUGGCAAUGGUUAAAAAUCGCCUUCAGGACACAGAAGAUGACAUACUUUUUGAACCCAAAUUAACAAGAGCAAAAGCCAAAGAAUUAGCAGCAUCUCAACUUAAUAUACCAUGGCCAAUCACACCAUUGAAGAAACCUACAUCGGAAGUGCAAGUAUUAAUUGAAGAAGAACUACCAGAAGACUCUUCCGAUGAAGAGUAUAAUCCAGAGCAGGAUAAGCAAAGUGACGAUGAAAGAGAAGCUGAAAAUUCUAUAAAUAGUGAUGCAGAGUCUCAACCUUCAACACCAGCAAAUAAUUGUAAUACAGCUUCAAUUGAACAGGCUAAUUCAGUGGAUGUUCAUUAUGACUCAGAAGGAAUUUUUAAAAUUCCUGGUAUUCCUGAUGUUCUAACAGAAGAGGAGAAUAUUGGUCAAAGAACACGUUCAAAGCUCUGUUUGAGUGAAACCCCUUUGGAACAAAUUGAACAGGCGUUUUUACCACCAGAUAUUACAACCGAUAUGUACGAUUGGGAUUGUGAAAUUGACGAAGAUUGGGAUAAUUUUUUAAAAGAAUUUACUCAACCAUUAACUCAAGAGCCUAUAAUGGAAGAUGAUCCUGAAGCGGAUCCAGAAUAUAAUAUUUUAGAGGAUGAAGAAACAGAUUUAUUGGAUAAAGAAGAAUUAAGAGCUGAUAAAGCUGUAAAAGUUACUCGUAAAGAAUUAAAUAAUUUAAUUGCAGAAUUAUUCGAAUUUGCUGAUACAUUUUCAGAACAGGAACAGGAAAUUUCAAAAAAAAAGAAAUCUCUAGAAAGUCCAAGCUUAUUGAAUGAGAAUAAUACUAUAAGUUCUGUAGCAGAUUCACGGUCUGUUUAUAAAGAACCUGAAACUCCUGAAGUAAUAACUACUGCUCAGCGACGGUUAUUGACAAUUCAACUUUGUCAGCAUAUUCAGUUAAUGGCACAACAUUGUGUUAUGACAUACAUGCAUCCAGAGCUGCAUUUUCAGUCAAAAUCAUGCAAACAAAAUUUAACUAGCAUACAGUAUUUAAGCAAUGGUCCUAAUUCUGCAUUUCAAGCACCAAAUUUAUCGGAUGCUUUAAAAUUGGUGUCUGAUUGGGAAGCUAAAUUUUUGGACAAUAAAUUUUGCGAAGAUUUUAAGAAAACAAUGGAGGACGAAGAUACAGUAAAAAACAUAUAUUCUGCACAUAAGUGGAUGUACUUCUAUCAAUUUCAUCCAGAGAUGAGAAAGUUAUUCAUGGAAAGUAAAGCUUUAAUGUAUCCACAUCUUUUGCCCGAGAAACCUUUCAGGAUAAAAUUAUACGAAUUUAUACGAGGUCCAUAUCUAAAGUCCGAAGAAUUUUUAAUUGCAUUGGGCCUUGAACAAUUUCUCCCUUUUGUUAUGUGUAAGCCAAAGAAAUUUAAAGGCAGAAAGUUGCGACUAAUGGAUGCAGUGCAAUUGAUAAUUCAAUACUUGAUACCGUCUAGAGAACCUCAGGCAUUAGUGAUACAUAUCGAAAAGCGUCGACGCGCAAAGGAUGAAAAUCCAAUAAAAUAUUAUUUCGAAAAUGGUUGUGCCCCUCGAACGAUACAUUACAUACCAUCAGAUUUCGAGCUCAAAGCACCAAAGGAUCAACCAGUAAACUCCCUACCGUUGGUGUGGCAAUCUUACCUGAAUAAUACGGAGCAGAACAAAAUUGAUUUCUUAAAACGAGAAUAUAUAUUGAACUCGUAUAAUUAUCCCGCGAAGAAAGACUACUAUAGACACAAAAUAUAUCCAAAAUUUAUCAAAAGUGUUCCAGGUACUUAUUUUUUGCGUAAUCCGAUUGUAAACGUAUUACCAAGAAUAUCAACUACAACCACGAAUAAAAAGAGUUUAAAUAAAAAUAAAAACAUUAACUUUGACGACUUAACAAAAGUAACGAGUAACAAGACAGAUGUUGUAUCGUGUAAUUCGGAUGUGAGCAAAGAACGUACACCGCAUUGCAGCAAUUCUUUAAAUAUCGAAACUACACAAGAAGAAAUAGAAGAAAAUACAAGAAGUAACGAAUUAAAAGAACAAGUUCAGAACGAUAUACCUACAAAUUCUCUUACAUCUAAACAAUCUAAGUUCUCUAAAAAAUCUUCUGAAAUGGCACAAGAAUUGCCGCAAUUACGAAAAACUACGCCUAGAUUAGCAAAAACCAGAAGUGCUCAAAAUAUGAAGUUAAUGGCUCAAGUUUUAGGAUCAAAAGGAUUAUCGUCAAAUUGUAAUACUCUAAAAUCCAGAGAAAAGAAUGACUUGGAUAAAACUUUGGUAAAAAUGUCAACUUUGCCAAAAACUGAUAAUGAAGAUGAAAUAGCUGAAUUAAUGUUAGCCAGUACGACUAUAAAAAAAGAUUCUCUUAGUAGAAAAAAAGCUAAACAAGCUAGGGAAUUAGAGAACAUAAAGAGGCUGUUAGAGUCUGAGAAUCCACUAAAUGAAGAAGAAAGAGGAUCAAAAUUUGCAGCAUCAUAUCUUCAGAAGUUACAUCUAACAUUAGAAUCCAAUAGUCCAGAAACAUUUCGAUCUGUAAUAAAAUUAUAUUUAGAUUAUUAUGAAAAAUUAGACAGUAUUAAUAACGUAGAGACUGAAUUAUUCUCUAAUCCAUCGGAGCCUUCGAACAGCACAACACUUAUGCAACAAACAGCAAAGGAUAAAGACAUGAUAGCUAUCAAUUUGUAUCAAGAUGUGUGUGAAAAGUUACGCGAAUAUCCCGAUCUUCGUACAGACUUUUUAUUAUUUUUAAAACCACACCAAGCUGCGAUGAUAGAUAAGACAAUGGAAUAUAUAAUGCUCCAAAAAAUGAGCGAAUUCAUUAAUGUUGCUCAAAUAUACUUUGCUAAACAGCCUUCUCGAAUAGCAAAAAUGAUGCAAGCUAUUACACAACUUUCAUCUGAUCCUCAAACAACAUUAGAACAUGUUCAUACAACUAUGGGUCCUAUUCUUAAGGGGCAUCCUUUAGUUAUGGAUUUAUUUCUACAAGUACUACCCACUGCUAAACCACCAGAAAGUUUGUUCGCAUCGCAUAUGUUUGAAAAUUUAACGUGUCCCGUGGGACCACAUGAUAAAAACAAAGUUUAUACCGAAGAUGCACCGGAAUUAUACGAAAAUAUCGAAUUGCCUAUUUCAGCAUCCCAAGAAGAUCCUUAUGGUGGAGAAAAUUGUAGAUGUAAUUGUCACAAUGGCGACGAUUCUGCUUUUAAAAACAUUUCCGAACACUGUGUGUCUUGUGGCACAAGGUUUCUCAAUGGAAGAAUUUAUCUUCAAACGUCUGAAGGUUUAAGACCCGCUAAAAUUAUUUUUCCUGGAGCUGACGAAGAAAAGUUAGAAAACAUUGCUCGUGUAUCUUUAAAAACGACUGACAAAUUUGUUCCGUCUAUUCCAUCCAGACAACGGAGAAAAUCUUCAAAGAAUGAGUCUAAUCCUGACGAACAAUAUCAAAAACCUUGCAUGUCAAAAAAUUCGCCUAUUAAGGAUAAUGACGAAGGGGGAAAAGUAAUUGUCAAGUCCAAAAAAAAUAUGAAAUCUCCACCAAAAGGUGGAGAUCAGAAGAGGGGUUUAAAAAGAUUAGAAAGUGUAGAUAACAUGGAUGUAAGUACUAAAAAAAUGCGCAUGACACAGUGCAGAGCUAGAAGAGAAAAGAAAGUAUUUAAACAAGAAAUGAAAUUAGAAUACACAGAUACACAAGUGGAUUUUGUGAAGGUGAACGAAGCUUUAUGUACAGAUUCUAAAAAUUCAGAUGCAACUGAGAAAAUAUUAUCAGAUAUGGAAGCUGAAGCGUCAAAUUCUAAUACAAACAAAACUGAUUUGUCUAAUAAACUUACAAACGCUGGUAAUUUAAAUAUUAAACCAUGGACACGUCAAGAGGACACGAUUCUUCUACAAACUAUUAAAAAGGAAUAUUCUGAGAAUUCACUAGCUAUGGUUAGUAAAACUUUAGGAGAUCGAACACUUUGUCAAGUUAAAGAAAGAUGUGAAACGCUUUUAUCGUUGUUGGAAAAGAUGUUGUAACUGUAUUACAACAUUGAAUGUUCGUAAUCCCGUAAUAAUUAAUAGAAACGAAAUUAUAUUUGAAAUCUAAUCAAGCUGUAGGCAUAAAUUGGGAAACGCUGUAAGACCGUCAUGAAACCAGAGAUGAGCAAAAUUUGUAUCUAUAUAGAUAAAUAUUUCUAAGAAUGAAUGAUAGAUAAACAAUUAAAAUAACUUUACAUUGUCCUUAUCUGUCAUUUAUUAUUUCAAUAAAAUUUUGCUCAUCUCUGCCUCAUCCAUUUUUGUGUUAAAAAUAUUUCGCGUUUUGUUCGUUAAUUUUCUCUUUCAUUUCCUUUUCUAUGACUCACACUGGUUCUCUUAGCUUUUAAAGUUUCGAUUUUGAGUAAACACUUUUAAAAGUGAUCAAUUUUUUAAAACAUUUUAAAGACAACAAAUUUAAUAUUAUAUAGAAUAUUAUUCAUAAGGGUUUUUAAUCGAAUAAAAAACGUUAAUUUAAAUGGGUUAAGUUUUAUUCGUUUCACGUCCUCUAAUUAAGUUUACCGUGACUCUCUAAUCAAAUACUAAUAAUUACUGUUUGUUUUCAAAGGAUUAAAAAUAAAAUACUUUUUUCCAUAAAAUAUUACGUUCUAGAUCGAUCUUUUCAAUUUGAUUGGUGACCGAAGGAAACACGUUAUUACACAUACAAUAUACUGAAUACUCUUCUGUACAUGAGAUAAUUCAUUUAAUACAUUAUACAAAGUACAAAUA